UGAGGAGAAAUCUGUGCAGCUUGUGGUGCCGCAUUGAGGGGGAUGUAGCGCUUCUGCUCGGGCAGAUGGGACCUCAAGAUUGACCGUGACUCACCAACAGCAGGCGACACGGAACGGCGAGAAAGGGAGAACGCUGUUCUGAUUAGCCCCCUCCAGUCUCCGGCUUCGGAGACACCGGCGCCGGACACGCGUUUGUUUUUCACCCCGUGAAGCUGGAACCGGAGGAAAGAAGAAAAGUGCUUCCUGCUGAAUACUUGCAGGUCAAUACUUGAUAGACAUGAAAUGUCUAUCGUCCUCACUUAAGAACACUUGGCUGAAGAAAUGGACCCAUUUAAGGAUGACUUUACCCAGUAUUUUAUAGACUGUUUUCCUUUCUGCAAAUUCCUUAAUCAGCUAUGGAUAACUGUGGAACAGCAUUGUCUCAGGAUUCUGAACUAGAAUGAAUUCAGUGACUAAAGCUCUAUAACAUUUCAUUACCUCCUAUUUAAUAACUAGUGUUUCUUUUCUUGAUUGUCGUCAUCACUCCAUGCAACUCUAAAACAAAACACUUAUCUAUAUGUAUCAAUAUAAGUAUUAUGCAUGGAAAAUAAGAUUUUGCAUGCACUACUGUGAAUAUGUGAAUUAUAGCUUUCAGGGUCAUACUGAUUAUUAGCCCCUCAGUGUUUGAUGACUGGGCUGAUUUAGAACCUCAUUUAGAACUUUAUUAUUUGCUCACAUCUGUAGCUAAUGUUACAUCAGAGAAACUGAAGAGUUCUAUGAAAUAUGAAACCACACUAUUAAAAAAAUUGACCAAAUAAAAUCUGUUAAGCAAAGCAGGAAUCAGGGAACACUGAGCAGGACGGCCCGUUAUCAGCCUCAGUGUUUAAUUACUUGGUAAAAUUUAAUUUCCUUUGAGGAGUAGUUACAUCAUAGCAGCCAAACAGCUCUAAGAAAAAUGACACCACACUGUACAAACAGAAUUUGAAAAAAAUCCCCAAAAAGUUACCGCAAAGCAGAAAUCCAGGGCGCUUGCAGGACAGCCAGGUGCUGUUACGUAGCACGCUCAGACUGUCUGCUUCUUAACGUUCCCACCUGCAUUCUGGCCCCCUCUGCUCCUCUUCUCCCGCUCUCAGGAUGAGCCACAAAUCAGACUCGGAGGCGGAGGCCUCGCAGGCGUCUGUGGUCUACACGCUAGAGGAGCUGGAAUGCAAGAUCUGCUACAAUCGCUACGACAUGCGCAUGCGCAAGCCCAAGGUACUCAGCUGCCUGCACCGUGUCUGCGCCAAAUGUCUGAAAAAGAUGGUGGAGCUGGACGCGUCGCCCAGUAUCGUCAGCUGCCCUUUCUGCCGCCAUGAGACGCACGUGCCCGACGAGGAGAUCUGGCUGCUGCAGGACGACAGCAACAUCCUGGCCAUCCUCACCUACCAGGACCAGGCCAGGAAGAGCGGCUCGGCACCCGCUGGCGAGGUUCUGCUCACCCCUAACAGCCUGAGUGGAGGUGGUGGGGGGGGUGGAGAGCAGGCCCACAGCUCCUCCGACUGCUUAGUCAUCACCAUCAUGGAGGUCCCGGGCGAGUCGCAGUCUUCCGACUCCAUGAGCAUGCUGAACAUGGUCCGCAUGUACCGGCCGGCCAGCUUGGACUCACUGCCCUGCCACCUGCCUGUGCAGAAGUGUCGCGCAUGGACGUCACGCACAGUACCCCGCUUCCUCAUGGGCUUCCUCUGCCUGGUGUACUUCAGCUCGCUUCCGCUGGGUAUCUAUCUGCUGAUGAUCCAGCAGCUAACCUUGGGCGUCAUCCUGGUCAGCCUGGUACCCUCCACCCUGGUCCUCUGCGUCUUCUAUGGCUUCUGUCAGUGCCUGUGCCAUGAGAUCAUGGAGGCUAUCGCCACAUAGCCAGCGUAGCUUCCACGUGUUUUAGCCCAUCACUAGACAUUAUGCACUUCACUUAGCAAGACCUGUAAAGAAUAAAGCCAAAAUCACAGAUGUAUCUGUUAAACCCCCUGUCUGACUGCUCACCUACUGUUGCACCGGAAUAUACCAGCAUUUAACAGUGAACUCAGCAAUCCCCUUCAGAUUGUAUGCAGGGCAGGACACCUUGAAUCGAGCAGUUAGGACUUGAGGACCAUUGCAGGUUGUGUGGAUUGAGCUUAGGCUGCCUCAGCUUGCUGGCAUUUUUGUAUUUGUUAGCUCAGUCAGUGGGCCUUCAACACAACUGUGAUCCUUUUACAUACCACUAAUCAGAGAAUGAGAUUCUGUCAUACCCAACAUGGAAACUAUGGGCUUUGUUCUAUUACAUGAGUCGAAAAUGUGUCCUAUCUACAUUAAGUUGUUUUAUGAAAAUCUAUUUGUUGUAUAACUUUAAAGCAUAGUCACCAUAUCUUUGUCAAAGUUUCUAGUUGCCUUUGUAAGGCAUGUCAAUUCCCAAGCUGUAUUUUAAUGUUGUAUUUGGAAAAACAAUGUGUUUGUCAUUGCUAUGAGAAUGAACAAAUACCUUCUAACCGCCUAAACUGUUAUUAGAUAUUCAAUAAAGACUCAAAAGACCGCCA